UUCUGGCAGUAGCCGAACGAUGAGCGAGAACCCCACCACCAACCUUACCACUGGAGAUGCUCCCACUGGUCCCACCACACCACGGAAGGGUCCUCCCAAGUUCAAGCAGAGACAGACAAGGCAGUUCAAGAGCAAGCCUCCUAAAAAAGGAGUAAAAGGGUUUGGAGAUGACAUCCCAGGCAUGGAGGGGCUGGGCACAGAUAUCACGGUGAUUUGCCCAUGGGAAGCUUUCAGCCAUCUGGAACUGCACGAGCUGGCCCAGUUUGGGAUCAUCUAAGGCUCCAGCAUCUCUACUGGUGUCACCUGGUGACUCCACAGAUGCCAGCUUGGUCUUUAUUAUGUUUGACACUGAUUUCUGGCCCUUAUACCCACUUGCUCAUGAGCAGGAUGGUUUUGUAAGAGCUAGUUAUGAGAAAGUCUUUUGCAAAUUAAUUUGUCAAAGAAGUUAUUCAGGACCCUGAACAGAUUGCAUGCUCCAUGUGAAGAAACUACUGAAAAUGUCUUAAUGCCUCCCUGCACCAUACGUUGUCUUCUCCCACUGUUGUAGACCUUCACGUGUGUGGAGAAAAUAGGAAGCCUCAUUUAAGCUUUUCUUCUGGUUAGCUGAGAUAGUGUGUGCAUGGGUGUGCAUGUAUGCCCAGAACUAAUUAUAUCAAACGCAUUCUUUUUUCUUCCUUCUCUCUCUGACAGCUUUCUAUAUAGGAUUUCCAUGGGUAUGUUCCCACGUUAUCUGGGACACCAACUAGUUGCCAGGAGUUCAUCUGUAGAUAUCAGAAUCAGAGUAACUAGUCCAGACAUUGGGCUGUUUUUAUGUGGGAGAGCCUUCCCCAGGGGUUCACCACCAGGAACCUGCUGCUAAGAUGCACCUCACCAAGUAAAGGGGGAAAGGGCUUGGAAAAUGUUCUCUCUGCCCACCAGCUAUGGGUCACAAGACUCUGGCUGUUGUAAUCCUGUUAAAUGAAAAUGUGUGUGUCUGAGAUCAAAAGCUAAAUGAAUUAAUCCUGCUUUUCAUUCCUUUUUGCUCCCGAGUGGCUGUGAUGCCAAAGAAACGACCCUCCAUACGACACUGUGUGUCCUUUCCUUAGAAAGCAGACCCUUGAAUGACAUUUGCACUGUCCCCAUGCCCAUACAUAUUUACAUGAAGAGUUUGUUUCCAAGGACAUGCUGCUGGUUACAAAGACAAAAAAUCAUUACCA